AUAAGCACUCUGACGGAAGAAGUGUGCAUGGGCGGGUAGUUGGCCCAAAGGUGUUGGUGAUUAUUAACCCUCGCUGUUUAACCAGAAAAGCAGCAACAAGGGCGAAGUGCGGACAGAGAUCACACGUCUAAACACCAGGGCUACAUCAAUCUAGCACAUUGGAAUUACAUUGAAACUACUGGACAGUUGAGGACUCCUUAUGUGCAUGCUUCACUAGCGUAAACACAACUGAAUCAAAUUGAAGCAAUUUUGAGAUCUGUAGUGACAUGGAUGCUUUGGAGGGAGUCCACAGUGUUCAGAUUUCCUCAUCACCACCCGUGGCGUCCUCCAGUCGGGCCUAUGAAGUCUUGAAGACAGGCAGGUCGGGAGUAGCGGUGUAUUCCUCUGCAGUGUUCUUUGGGACACCGUUCAAGACCGAGGAAAAGGGCUGCGUGGUUGGAAGGUUGGUAGAUCUGGAUCCCGAGCCAGAGCCCAGAUUGGCGGGGAGAGGCCAAGCUGUGCCCACAUCGGAAAUCGACAAUGGCGUCCAUUCCCGCCUGCGCAGCUCCUCGUUGGAAAUCCGAGAGAAAGAAAUUCGCGAAAAAGGCUCGGAGAUUCUCAGGGAACAGUUGGAUGCUGCAAAGAAGGAACUAAAACUCAAAGAUAAAGAGUGUGAGCGUCUUUCUCAAGUCAGGAAUCAGCUGGAACAAGAACUAGAGGAGCUCACCGCCAGUCUAUUUGAGGAGGCCCACAGAAUGGUGCGAGAAGCAAAUGUUAAACAAGCAGGAGCAGAGAAACAACUUAAGGAGGCUCAAGGGAAGAUCGACGUCCUUCAAACAGAAGUGACGGUGCUCAAGUCUCUGGUGUUGACAUCUACGCCAGCCUCACCCAACCGCCAGCUGCAUCCCCAGCUGCAGGUCCCGGUCACCGGACAGGUCGGCGGUCACAGUCGCAACAAGAGCAUUAGCGGCGGUGUCCCGUCCCCACCUGGCAAACCAGAAACUCUGUUGUCUCCUUUUAAGUCCGUCGCCACAGAGGACCAAGAGAUAGACUCUGUUUUGUAUGCUGAGUUCCUCAUGUGGAAGGAGCAUCCAAGUCUAGAUCGCUCAUCCGCUCUCAUGAGUCGCAUCCACAGAGAAGACAUCGCACCCUGCCUCUCUUUUACACGAUCUGAGCUGUCACAGUUAGUCCAGAGCGCCGUGGAAAAUAACUCUCUGACUAUUGAGCCCGUGGCCAUGUCAACGUUACCAAUGGUUAAAGCCUCGUCGACAGAGUGCGGAGGACCUAAUGACUGUAGGGUAGCAGUGGAGACAAAAUGUGCGCUAAGCGGCGUAUCGCAAUUGUGCAGACAUCGCAUUAAACUCGGCGACAAAGGGAGCUACUACUACAUUUCCCCAUCCAGCCGAGCACGGAUCACGACCGUGUGCAACUUCUUCACGUAUAUUCGGUACAUCCAGCAGGGCCUGGUCAGACAUGACGCGGAGCAGAUGUUCUGGGAGGUGAUGCGUCUCCGUAGGGAAAUGUCCGUGGCCAAGUUGGGUUUCUACCUCACUGAGCAGGGUUAGGGGACAUGAUUGACUGGCGUGAAAUGAAGACUAGGAGACAUCAGGCUUGUAAUGUGGUAACUUACUAGAGGUCAACCAAUAAAACAGUUGUAACACCACAAUAAUACAAAGAACGGAAAAGUAGAUUUGAAUAUCCCUUUGGUAGUUUUUGAUCUAACACAUGAAGUACCCUCAAUUUUAUUUGCCCAUAAAAAUGAAAAUAUCCUAGAUGUUUGUAUCUAAAGGCUUUAUAUGGAAACAUACAGUAGAAAGUUAUGAAACAAUAUUACUCGCACAGAAGUGCUACAUAAUUUAAGUUUUACGAGCGUCAUAUGUUAAAUGAAAUGUAUGGACAGUUGAGCCGUCAAAACUGUUGCACACAAGUUUUUCCAUGUCCAAAAUAAACACAGCAUAUGUGCUAUACUGUAAUGAGCCAUUCACAACUAUUCAUGAAAGUCGUCUGUUGGUGUGCCAGGCAAUCGGCAUUGGCUAUUUUACCUCAUAGUAUCUAUGUACGUAUUAUCAUUGUUAUAUUUAACAGUCAACUGUGUUUUGAAGGUGAUAAUGAAGGAAUGUGUGCAUGUGAUAAGUGCAAUAACCACUUCUUUGCCUCGAAGGCUUUGAGGUCUCAAUGUCAGUGUACUGAAAACUGCCAACACUCCAUUAAAGUCUGAUUGUGUGCCACAUUUGUCCUUUUCCGAAUACAUGUUACUUCAGAU